AUGUACUCAACAUGUUUUCACGUAAUUCUUAUGCUAAUAACAUUGCUCAACAGUGGAAAAUCAGAGACACAAAAUUCGAACUAUACUAUUCUAGUAAAAAAUGAAUUAUUAAUUUGUGAUAUUCCAUCUCCAAAGAAGUUACUCGAAGAAUAUAAAGAUGAAGAUUAUCGUUUACCAAAAACUGUUUUACCAUAUUUUUAUGACAUUUCUAUAUUUUUGAAAAAAGAUUUCGGCUUUCGUGGACUUACAAAAAUUAAUGCGACAAUUCAAAGUAAAACGGAUGAAAUAGUAUUACACAGUGGCAAUAUUGAAAUAGAGACAAUUACAAUUACUUCAGACGACAGAGUGGUGAAAUCAAGUGAUGAAUAUAACAAUGUCACUGAAAAGCUUACAAUUAAACUUGAAGAAUCACUGGAAAAAAAUUCUAGCAUUUUAAUUGCAAUAGAUUAUAAUGGAAACGUUCGUAAUGAUUUAAUAGGAUUUUAUAAAAGCUCUUAUUUUAAUGCAUCCAAUGAAUUAACAUAUUUAUUUGCAACGCAGUUUCAAGCAAUUCACGCUAGACAUGCAUUUCCUUGUUUCGACGAACCUUCUUUUAAAGCACAAUUUAAACUCAAGAUUCGUACAAACAAAAAUUAUAGAUGUCUAAGUAAUAUGCAAGCAACAACUACGAACAACGGACCAGGCGAUAUUAGUAAUGUCUUUUUUAAGGAAAGUUUGCCAAUGUCAACGUACUUGGUUUCUUUCGUAAUAUCGGAUUUAGAAUCCAGAGGCACUGCGGACUUUAGUGUCUGGGCCAGAAAAGAAGUGAUUGAUCAAGGGGACUAUGCUUUAAAUAUUGGAAAAAAAAGUUUAAGUUUUUUUGAAAAAACUUUUAAUCAGAAGUAUCAGUUAGAAAAAAUGGAUAUGGCAGCUAUUCCUGAUUUCUCAGCCGGUGCAAUGGAAAAUUGGGGACUUAUACUUUACAGGGAGGAAUUGAUGCUUUAUCAUCAGGAGGAAUCAUCGGAUGCAUCUCAACAAAAAAUUGCAGCUACGAUUGUUCAUGAAAUUACACAUAUGUGGCUUGGCAAUUUAGUGACACACGAGUGGUGGGGCGUUCUUUGGCUUACUGAAGGUUUUGCCUCAUAUUAUGAAUAUAUGGCUACAGCAAAGAUUGAACCCACAUGGAAUAUGGAUGAACAAUUUUUGGUUGCGCAACAUCAAGUCGCUCUCUCCGUCGAUGGCUCAAACUCCUCGUCACCAUUGACGCGAAUCGUUAACAGUCAAUCAGAAAUUGGACAAUCGGGUGAUUACAUUACUUAUACUAAAGGCGCAAGUAUCCUUCGAAUGAUGGAAUUGUCCUUCGGAUCUGAUAUUUUCAAUGAUGCCUUAAAAAAUUAUCUAGAAUCGAGAAAGUAUCAAAACGCAAAGCCAGAACAUCUGUGGACAAAAAUUCAGAAAGAGGUUGAUUUAAAAAAAUUAAAUCUAAAGGCCUCCAUAGAAACGAUUAUGAACAGUUGGACCAAACAGGCUGGAUUUCCGGUGGUUAAUGUAUCUUUUAAUAAAAACAAGGCUUUUCUGACGCAAACCCGAUUUUUAUUGAGAAAUACUGAAUCAGUGGAAAACAAUUCAAUAUGGUGGAUUCCAGUCACUUGGACUACUAAAAGUAAUCCUAAUUUCAGCCAAACUACUACAAAUCAGUGGAUAUUUGGCAAUGAAACAAUAAAUGUAGAAGUGAAGGAGGAUGAUUGGAUAGUUUUCAACAUAAAAUCAGCUGGAUUCUAUCGAGUUAAUUACGAAAAACAGUUGUGGUACCGCAUAAUUGAGACCUUGAAUAUCAAAUCCAGGAUUGAGGAAAUAGACGUACUUAAUAGAGCAGCUAUAAUUGACGAUUUGAUGAAUCUUGCAAGAGCGGAUUAUUUAGAUUAUAAUGUUGCUUUGGACGGUCUGAAAUAUCUGACAUCAGAAACGCAUUAUUUGCCAUAUAAAGCCGCUAUAAAUGCUCUUGAUUAUCUGACGAAAAGAUUUUCAGGACAAAAGGAAUACCAAAUUUAUGUCGAAUUCAUUCUUACACUUAUCAACAAAACACAUCGAAAAUUGAGUUAUGACGACAAGGAAGGCGAUACCAGACUUACAAUUUUAUUACGCAGGGAAUUAAAUGAAUUGGCAUGUCGUUUUAAUCAGGAAAGGUGCAUCCAGAAAUCUCUCGAUUACUUUCACAAAUGGAAAUCUGGUACUUUAAAUACAAUUCCGAAAAAUCGAAAGUUGACUGUAUAUUCUACAGCUAUGAAAAAUGCUACUGAAGCUGAUUGGGAUGCGUUAUGGAACCGAUAUAUAAAAUUAAAUGUUCCGUCUGAAAAAAUUGAAAUACUUAGAGCACUUGGGUGUAGUCAAAAUUCUACUAUUUUAGAAAGAUAUCUACUCUGGGCUGUUUCAAAUUAUAAAGACCACAGAAUUCGUAAACAACAUAGCGUCACUAUAUUUGAUGCAGUUUCUUCAUGUUCUUUGGUUGGGGCAGAAUUUAUAAUAGAUUUUAUUGACAAGCAUUAUAAAGAAGUUAUAUCUUAUAAUGAUGGAAGUGUCGACAGCAUAUCUACAAUUUUAUCAAUUGCCUCCAAACAGUUCUCGACAAACGAACUAAUUGAGAAGUUUGAGAAACUGAUUAAUUCUCACAAAAAAGAAUUUGAAUCAAUUCUUGCUUCCUUGGAGUUGCAAUUAGAAUCAGCUAAAUAUGAACUAGAGUGGUACAAGAAACACUAUCAUUCAAUUGUUGACUGGAUAAAUAAAUUUAACAAAAAGGAUGACAAUAGUAAUACAACUGAUUAUUUCUUGCCUGAUGAGAUUGUUCCGACAAAAUAUUAUAUUCACGUAACUCCUUACCUUCAAGAAAAUAAUUUUACUUUUGAUGGAACUGUUGAGAUAGAGACGAGUGUCAAAGAUGUGACAGAUAAAAUUGUUUUGCAUGUGUUCGAUAUUGAAAUUGACUAUCGCAACAUAAAUAUCUCCGUAAAUGGAAAAUUAGUGGGGCUAAAAAGCACCAAAUAUACAAAAAUGUAUCAAUUUUUGACAAUCACUCUUGACGAUGACCUUUUGGAAGGCACACUCUUAAAAGUAAGGAUAGACUAUACUGGAACUUUGAACAAUGAAAUGCGGGGAUUCUAUCGCAGUUCAUAUAAAGAUGACAAGGGGAAAACCAGAUGGUUAGCAACCACUCAUUUAGAACCAGUUGGUGCAAGAAGAAUGUUCCCAUGUUUUGAUGAACCCGCAAUGAAAGCUAUUUUUGUGAUCAGCGUGACAAGACCGAAAUCUUAUCAUGCUUUGAGCAAUAUGCCUAUUAAAUCGACGGUCAAUGCCAUAGAUGAUCUCCGUAAAGAUACGUUUGCACCAACUCCUCCAAUGUCUACUUACCUAGUAGCUCUGAUAGUAUCCGAAUUUGCAAAUCUAUCCAACAAAGAACAUAAGGUCUGGGCCAGACCAAAUGCUAUUUCACAAGCAAAUUACUCUCUCUCUAUCAUGACCCCCGUAAUAAAAUUUCUUGAGGCUACACUAAAUCACAAGUAUCAAUUGCCAAAAAUGGAUAUGGUUGCUGUACCAGAUUUUUCAGCUGGCGCAAUGGAAAAUUGGGGCCUCAUAACCUACAGAGAAAAACGGAUGCUCUAUGAUCCAGAACAAUCAUCUAUAAAUGAAAAACAAGCUACUUGUCUUGUAAUUGCUCAUGAAAUAACACAUCAGUGGUUUGGAGAUUUUGUUAGUCCGCAGUGGUGGAAAUAUUUGUGGCUGAAUGAAGGGUUUGCGAGAUACUUACAAUAUGCUGGUUGUGAUUAUGUACAUAAAUCAUGGAAGCUUCCAGCUCAGUUCGUUGUCGAUCAUCUGCAGACAUCUUUUGGCACUGAUGGUGUGUCAAGUAGCCAUGCAAUAACCCAUGACGUUUACAGUCCUUCACAAAUCAGCGGCAGAUUUAAUGCAAUUUCCUAUGCUAAGGCCGCCAGUAUCUUACGCAUGACAGAAACAUUUUUAGGAUCGAAGGUCUUUUUCCAGAGUCUGCAUAAUUAUCUGGAUGCUCGCCAGUACGGUGUUGCAACUCCGGAAGAUCUUUAUACAGCUUUUCAGGAUCAAAUAGAUGCUGAAAAAUUGUUACUGGGAGUAAAAGUAAAAACAUUUCUGGACUCGUGGACACUGAAACCAGGUUUUCCAGUUGUUUCAGUCAAAGUUUCAGGCGACAAAUACUUAUUGACACAAGAACAAUUUUUAAUAAGGAAUGAUGAAGGUUACCCCAUAAAUCAAACUUGGUGGGUGCCAAUUACUUGGACUACUCAGAAUGACAAAGACUUCAACAAUACCCUACACAAACAUUGGCUUGAUGAAGCUUCUACUGAAAUUUCCAUAAAAAAGGACCCCAAAGAUUGGAUAAUAUUCAAUAUUCAACAAGCAGGAUAUUAUCGUGUAAACUACGAUUCAGAUAAUUGGUUGCGUAUAAUUGGUGCUCUUAAGAGUCAAGAAUUUGACGCGAUUCAUGAACUUAAUCGAGCUGCAUUAAUCGAUGAUCUUUUUAAUCUGGGAAGAACCGGAUACGUCACUUAUGAUAAAGUCUUAUCCGCCACACAAUAUUUAGAAAAGGAAACUAAUUAUUUGCCCUGGAAAGCUGCUUUUAAUGGAUUAUCAUAUUUGAAUAAAAGAUUCGAAGGUCGUGAUAUUUAUGAUAUUUACAGGACUCACAUUCUCACAAUUUUACGACCCAUUUUUGAAAAACUUGGUUUAACAGAAAUCAAUGGUGAAGAUCAUUAUGAUAAACUUCUCCGAAUAUUAGUUGUUGAUUGGGCCUGCAAAUUCAAACUUCCAGAAUGUGUUUCUCACUCACAAAAAUUAUUCGCUGAAUGGAGAAGAAACGCUUCAAGAAUAGUUCCAGGUAAUCAACGUAAUACCAUUUACUGCACAGUUAUAAAACACGGAUCAGAUGAUGAAUGGAUCUUCCUAUCUGAACAAUAUUCAAAAACGAAUUUUGCCUCCGACAAGAAUUUAAUAUUAAAAGCUUUGAGUUGUUCCGAAAAUACUGAACUUCUUAAUAAGUUACUUACUGAAGCUAUUACUCCAGGUUCAGAAAUCAGGUUUCAAGAAAGUCAAAAAGUUUUUACUUAUGUUUAUCGAGCAAGUUUAAGGGGACUGGAAACAGUUUUAGAAUUCAUUAAAAAAAAUUAUAGCAGUAUGAAAAAGUACUACAUUGAAGAAAAACCACUCAAGACUAUUUUGAAUGGCCUCUCCCGAAGAUUAUCGAAUAAAGAACUUUUACAAAAGAUGGAGGACAUAUUUACAACCGAAAAAGAUUCUUCACCCUUGAAAAUUUCGUUAAAAUCAUACCUAGCUAACGCACAAUACGAACUUAUUUGGUAUGACAAAUACACACCAAAGAUUUGGGAGUGGCUAGAAACAACUUAUCCAUCCAAAGAUUACAGGCUACCAAAAAUAAUCGAACCUAUCUCAUACAAUAUACAUCUGAGACCUUAUUUUGAAAAUAAAAAUUUUACGUUUGACGGAAUUGUUAAUAUAAGCAUGCAAGCUCUUCAAAAUACAUCAAGAAUUAUUUUACAGACCAAUGAAUUGGAAAUUCAGAAGAUCAAAGUUUUUGAUAGUUCAGGAAGUGAAUUGAACUAUUCAUCGUUUUUGAUGAACAAAACUACUCACAGACUUUCAAUUUAUUUGACAACGACUGUAGGAGCUGGAAGUAAAAUCGAAGCUAGUUUUAGAUACUCGGGUGUCUUGAAUGAUCUCAUGGUAGGAUUUUAUCGCAGUUCCUAUACUGAUAAAAGCGGCAAUACUCGAUGGUUAUUCGCGACUCAACUCCAGCCUACUCAUGCUAGAAAAGCAUUUCCCUGCUUUGAUGAGCCUUCAUUCAAAGCAAAAUUCUCUGUUCGCAUUGAAAGACCGAAUGAUUAUCUUUCACUGAGUAACAUGCCGUUAAAAACUUCUUAUAAAUUAAGUGACGAGCGUACAUUGGAUGUAUUUGAGGAAAGUCCACUUAUGUCCUCGUAUUUAGUUGCUUUCGUUAUAUCCGACUUUGAAUCUCUUUCUAUAAAUGACAAUAUUAGUAUUUGGACACGUCCGAAUGCAAUAGAAAAUGCUCAACAUUCAUUAACGGCAGCUGCGAAGCUGUUGAGAAUUUUGGAAAAUAUCACUGGGAUCGCUUAUAGCCUUCCAAAAAUGGAUUUAGUCGCUAUUCCUGAUUUUAAGGCUGGUGCUAUGGAAAACUGGGGUCUUGUCACUUUUAGAGAGUAUGGUCUUCUUUAUGACGAUAACGUUACAUCAGCCAUCUACAAAAAAUACAUAAAUACAACAAUAGCUCAUGAAUUUGUACACAUGUGGUUUGGUGAUUUAGUAACUUGCGACUGGUGGGAUUAUACUUGGUUAAAUGAAGGCUUUGCACAAUAUUUUUCAUAUGUUAGCACUAACGAAUUGGAGCCAAGUUGGAACCUCCUAGAACAAUUUGUUGUUUACGAGUUGCAUAAAGGAAUGGCAGCAGAUGCCUCAGGAGAGAGUCAUGCAAUGAACAACAACGUCUCUAGUCCAACAGAGAUUAGCAGUAGUUUUGACGAUAUUGCCUACAAGAAAGGUGCCAGUAUCUGUCGCAUGAUGUACCACAGUUUUGGCUCUCAGAUCUUUACAAAAUCUAUUCAGAAUUAUCUUAAAUCUCGCCAGUUUAAAACAGCCAAACCAGAACAUCUUUGGCAGUCAAUUGAGGAUCAAACAGACAAAAAUAAUCUUUUUCAAAACAUGAAUCUUACAAUAAAAGAGUUAAUGGACACUUGGACAAGUCAACCAGGACAUCCAGUAGUCAAUGUUACUGUAACUAGUGGUAAAAUUACUUUGACUCAAGAGCAGUUUUUGCUGUCAAAAAAUAAAACGUCACCAUCAAAUCGGCUUUACUGGAUACCAAUAACAUAUACAAGAGAAUCUAAACCAAACUUUGAAGACACUUCGCCAGUUAUUUGGUUUGGUAACAGAUCAAUAGUUCUUGAUAUUGACACAGAAAAUGAAUGGUUUGUUUUGAAUCUGCAACAAGUUGGUUUUUACCGAGUAAAUUAUGAUGUGGAAUCAUGGUAUCGUUUAAUUGAUUUAUUAAAGAGUGAUAAACUAAAAAUUCUGCAUGUAGCAAAUCGUGCUCAGAUCAUGAACGAUGUUCUCAAUUUGGCACAAAUUGGAUACGUCAAUUACACUCUUGCUUUGGAUGCUACUGCAUAUGUAAUUAAUGAAGAUAACCACAUUCCUUGGAUAGCUCUUUUAAAUAAAUUUUCAGAGUUUCGGACGCGUUUCCAAGGCCAAAAAAUUAACGACCUUUUUGCCCCGCAUUUACGAAAUAUUGUUAAGAAUAUUUAUGAAAAACUUGGAUUUAAAGAUGUUAAAGGAGAAAGUCAAUUAGACGAGUUGAACAGAGAGUUGAUACUGGGUUGGGCAUGUUAUUAUGAGUAUGAGGAUUGUUUGAGAAAAUCCAAAGAUCUUUUUUCAAACUGGCGCAGUGGCCUAAAUAAUCGAAUUUCUCCAAAUGCGAGACCUGCAGUUUAUUGUACGGCUCUAAAGCAUGGUAAUUACGAAGACUGGGAAUUUCUUUAUAACGAAUAUCUCAGUACUAACUUUGCAUCAGAACAAGUUGUAAUUUUGAAAGCUUUAGGUUGUACCAAAAACAAGACGACACUUAAUUCAUACCUUCAACUUGCUCUGGACUCGAAUAAAAUUCGUAGACAGGAUACAGGUUUCGUAUUCAGUGCUGUUUAUAACUCUGGAAAAAUUGGCUUAGAAACAUCUCUACAAUUUUUAAUUAAAAAUUACAAUUCAAUUUAUUCUUUCUUCCACGAUUGGAACGCAGUUUCAGCUCUUUUCUCAAAUCUAGCUACAUCCAUAUCAACUUCGGAACAAAUUGAAGAGCUGGAGAAGUUCAUCAAAAACAGUUCAGCUGAACUGAAUCAAAUAUUACCAUCGUUGAAUUCGGCCCUAACUACUGCAAAACGUAACCAGGAAUGGUUUGAUACCUACUCACCAGAAAUUUACGCAUGGUUAAAAAAAUCCUUAGAGGAUUCUGUUGGAGACUGGACUUCACCUUUACCACCUGCUCAUGUUGGAGACUUCAGUGAAGAUAAUAUCAUUAGUCAUUGGAUUGUUGCCCUUACCUUCUUAUUAAUAUUAUCGUCUGGUGUUAUAUAUAAAAUAUUCUCUUAGCUGUAUAAAAAAAUUGUUUAGCCUGUAUUACAGGGGGCAUGUAUAAAACACCCUUCUAUUCUUAUUCAUUUUCACCCUAACGUCGGCUACAAUCAUUAUAAUUUAGAGUAAGAAAUGUUUUUGUGUCUUAAGUAAAGAAAUUAAUUGUCUUCGAACAUAUAAAUACACAUUAAUACAACUUUAUUAAGACUCUAGCGAGAAUGUUUUUUUGAGAUAAGACAAUCUUAAAAUUAUAUUUCAAUUAUAUAAUAUCCUGAUAUAAUUUUAGAGGCCUGUUUUUGUAGUGACAUAUAUUUGACAUUUUUUUAAUAGAUAACUUUAAAAUCACAUGGACCAUACUCAUAGAGGAUAGACAUGCUUGCUACAAAUAUUUGGACGGUAAUUGCAUUACCGGACAAUUGCUUUAUCUGUCUAUAGUUUGUGUAAUAUUGUUUGUGAUAUAUUAGCACCAAGCGAAUUAUAAAUAAAAAGAGAUGCAGAAAAUAGUUGAUAUAGAUUUGUGCAGAUUAUGAGAAUACACGAUUUGAUUCAUCAA